AAACUUUUAAAAGAAAUGGAAGGCGGUUUUAUAGAUUCAGACUUAAAAGAGAACGAUCAUUAUGACAUUGGUUGACGGAAAAUAGGAAAAAUUUCAGACUCAAAAAUACCAUUCAAAGUUACAGAUUCCAAUAUAUCUUCUAGCUCUAGUGGCAAAUAAGUCAGAUAUUACAUCUAAAAAGAAGAAGAGGUCGUAUUUAAACAAAUUAACCCCGAAACAGUUGAAGGAGAGCUCGAUGAUGAACCAGAGAAGGAAUGAGAAUAUGCCGUUCUCCCCAAUAAUUCCUAGUAAAGAAAGUUCUAACUCUACUAUCAAAAUCUCAUGCGUUCAAAGCGAGGGUUCUUCUAACAUAAAGUUUUCAUACUCGCAGACCAAAGGAGCAGAGGGCAAUGCAACUCCAAGGUUUACUGAUUCUGCCACUCCGAUGAAGAAAAUGUGGAAUACAAGUGAUUUCCAGACCCCCAAAUGCGAGCCUGCUGUGCUAGCUUCAGUGAAUCCUUCAUCUUCAAAAUCACAGCUUAACAAUGAGUAUUUCCAAGUCAGCAGAAGAUUAACGAGUGGGAAGAAGAGUAAGUUUUGACAAACUCCAAUGCUAAGGCCUGCAGCAACACCUCAUGUGUCCAAAACUUCAUCUGAGAGUAACACAGUAUCUGAGAGCAAUAGUGUCACCCAGGUGGGAUUGAUCCCAUCCCAAGUGACUAAUUCAUAUGACAGGCCUUUAACCUCAAGUGAGAGUAUUUCUAAAGGAACUAAGAACAUUGCAGUUGUCCUGUUCGACUCUGCUAAUAAAAAUGAAAAUGAAUAUCCUAAAGGAGGAGGCGGCACAGGACUGAUGUAUGGCACUAGUGAUAAAUCUUCUUCGUCUGAUAAAUAAGCUCAAAAAUAAAGGUAGUGCUAGCAGUAACAGUAGUGGCAUUAAAGACCUGCAUGCUGGUAUAAAUUCUGGUAACUCCAGCUCUGAUAAAAGUGAGAAAAGAAAUUUAGAAAUAUUAGCACAACGAAAUAAUAUUAGACUCCAAGAUUUUUAUAAAUAUGGAAAUUCGGAAGAUUCAAAGUCUAAUCUAGAGAGAACCGAUAAUUCUGAUUUGAAGAGAGCAGAGAAUUCUCAUAUAUGUGGACCUUCUCAAUUCCAAGAUUUAGAUGAAGGCGACUACGAUUCCACUCCAGAGGUGUACAUUAAAAUGAACAGUACUCCUUAUACACUCUCUUAUUCUAAGUCUGCAUCUAAGAGAGAACAAAAAUUAAUGGAAUCAGGGGAGUCCCAAUAUGUGAAGAGCAGUAAAAAGCCAGACUCACCUAAUAUCCAAGAUUCUAUUACAAACUUUCAUAAUUCUGAAGAUAAAUUUAUCAAAAAGACUCCAGAGAAGAUUCCAUAUGACCAAAUUUCUAAGUCAGAGGAUGGAAAAGACAAUGGAGAAGGAGACAUGACUUCAAAAUGUCCUUCUUCUAACAUAACUCCCUUCAAAUCUCUUGAGACCAUUAAAGAAGAAGAGACAUACCUUGAGAUUGAGAACACGCAAGAUCAAAAGUGAGAACGUACUCCUCAGAAUUUCGAAGAAGUAAAAUUCAAGAGCCCUUCUUUAGCAAACUGAAGCUCAAAUUCACCAUUCCAUGCAAGCUUUGGGAAUAGCAUGGCAAAAUUCAGCACUAUUAAGAAAUCAGAAGUUGGAUUUACGCCGCAAAAAUAGAAAUCAUAAUAAGUCAGACUCCUUUAAUAUCUUUACUCCUUCGCCUAAUUCCGAAAUGAAGAAGAAGGCAACUCCAGUGAAAAUUUUUAAGAAUAUUACAUCUAAUGAGUCUGGGACGACAAAGAGGUUCAUGGGAAAGGAGGUCAAGUCUGAGAUCCACUCAUCAGCUUGUGGUCAGCUCACUUGAAUAAACUCUAAGUUUGAACAUUUGCUAAUCAGGAGCAAAAGUUGUGAACGGACUACGUUCAAGACACAGAAAUUACCACUUAAUUUUACUCAUGAUAAAGAGAAAGAGGAUAUAGCUGCCAAAGAUCGUAUGUAUAUGACUCAGAGAGGACAGAGUAACAAGAGACUCCAAGACCUCAGACAGGUUGUGAUUGCAUCCAGUGAGCCUACAAUAGAAGAGAAGAAGGAGUUCACUUCCACUCAACCGGAAUCUAAACAUUUUUAUACAACAACCGAGUCUGUUGGUAGCCAGAGUAACAAAUUUGAAACUAAGAAUAUUUCUGAGAAAGACCUUGAAAAAUUCGUAAAGCCAAGAACUCUCAGAAGCAGCCUAACUUCUCAAAGAUCCAAGAAACUGCAAAGUCCGUCAGAAAGCCCAAACGAAGUAAAGUUCAAAGAUCCUCCUGUACACAGCUCAGCUGAUCAGAAAUCUGGAGAUAAAAUAUUGAAGAAGUCUCUUCUUCAGCAAUACAAAAAGUCAAACUCUAAAUCUACUACGAAUAUCAAGAAAUUGUAUAGUGAAUAUCUCAAACAGAAGGAUGGACAUAUAAGUGUCAACCAGAUCAAGCCGCCUUCUACCUUGGAUUUGAGAACUCCUAAGGAAAGUCAAGAUAAUAAACGCCAUUUUGAGAUCCAGACAGAGCCUGUCUACAUUAUUCACCCACAAAACAAGAGGUUGGUUCAGAUGAGAUCAGCUAAAAAGUUAAACUUUUACUCCAGAGGUGAAGAGAACAGACCUGUGAAUACAGCUAAAGGGCCAAUAAGUUCUAAAAAUAUUGACAAGAUGUGGAAUAAAUUCAAGAAGAGGAAAUCUCUUCUAAGCACAAACCAGAAUCACCUAAGAAACUCAAGGAACAACUUGCACAGCCCUCAGAAGAGGAAGAGCUCCAAAAACAACCAGGUAUAUGAGAAGAUCAGGGCUAUUCUGAACCAAAACCACAUCACCGAUAUGAAUGAUAGUAUAUUAGACCAGAAGAUCUCUAUCAAAGAGCUUAUCCUGCUCUUACUGGACCAUGUGGAGAGCCAGAAGUAAUCAUCACCCAAAUCUAGGGAGAGAAGCCCUCUACAUUUUUCCAUUUAAUGGCUAAAUCAAUCUUGU